AUGUUCAGGCAAUCAAUUAGACCACUUGUUUCAAAUAGACUAACCUUCGUUCGUUAUAACAGUUCUCCAGCCUACACGGCUGCAGUCAGCUUAUUGAAAGGAGAUUUAAAAAAGGCUAUGAUUGCUAAGGAUGAAAUGAAGAAAACAGCAAUAAGAAGCAUGUUAUCAGCCAUAAAAAACAAGGAAAUUGCCUUAAAAGGGAAGAGCGCCGAUGAGUACUCCCUAUACGACAUGUAUUCUAAGUUAAUAUCUCAAAGAAAGGACUCUAUUGAUGAGUUCAUUGCGAACAAAAGGGACGAUCUAGUGGCCAAAGAGCAAGGCGAAAUGGAAGUCAUAAAGAAAUAUAUGGACCAAUUGCCAGUGUCUUCGGAGCUUGAUAUUGAUCAAAAUGUGAAGAAACUGUUGGACGCCCUUAAAACAAAGGCAGGUGAGAAAAAGAUCCAAAUUAAAGAAAUUAUGGGAGAAAUCGACUGGAAGUCAUUGCCAACAGAAUGGAAAACAUCACCAACUGCCAUCAAAAACAGCAUUGUUAAGCAAUUCAAGGAAAUAUUUAAAUGA